GUUCUGCAAGUAUUGCGCUGUCCACCACAUUCGCUCACCGCCGUUUCACCCACAAUCGAAUGGCCAGGCAGAAAAGUUUGUCAAUACGUUCAACCGAUCUCACCAGAAGUCAAAAGGGAAGGGACGUAUAGAGGAGGUGAUUGACCGGUUCCUUUUCCUCUACCGAUUAACACCGAAUCCACAAGCGCCGGACGGGGUUUCUCCAGCACAAGCUAUGAUAAACCGGAAGCUUCACGUGCCUUUCGACGCCAUCCGACCGCGCUCAGAGCCCUCUGUUGAUGAAAGAAACCGCAGAAUGGAACAAUAUUUUAACCGACGGCAUGGAGCAAAGGAACGAUCGUUUGAACUUGGACAGACAGUGCUGGUACGCAACUAUCGGGAAGGCCACGCGAAAUGGACGCC